CCUCGGGCCCUCCCGUCCUUUCGGGUUUUUUUUAGCUCCUCGCAGCCAAAGGUGAGGAGAGUGAGCAGGAGAGAGGGGCUGAGCGCCAACUCCUCUCUCUUCACUCUGGCGGGAGAGGAGUUCCGCAUCCUGGGGGGGUCCGUCCACUAUUUCCGCGUCCCCAAGGCGUACUGGAAGGACCGGCUGCUGAAGAUGAAGGCCUGCGGCCUGAACACUCUCACCACUUAUGUGCCUUGGAAUCUACAUGAACCUGAAAAGGGUGUUUUCAACUUCCAAAGAGAGCUGGAUUUAGAGGCUUACCUCAGCCUGGCAGCUGAAGUGGGCCUCUGGGUGAUCCUGCGUCCUGGGCCUUACAUCUGUUCUGAGAUGGACCUGGGGGGACUGCCCAGCUGGCUUCUGCGUGAUGACAACAUGAAGCUGCGGACCACGUACCCGGGCUUCACGGAGGCCGUGAGCAACUUCUUUGACAAACUCAUCCCCAAAGUCGUUCCGUUUCAGUUUAAAAAGGGAGGCCCCGUUAUCGCAGUUCAGGUGGAGAACGAAUAUGGCUCCUUCGCCAAGGACAGGGAUUACAUGCCUUUCAUCAAAGAGGCUCUCCAAUCCCGGGGGAUUGGUGAGCUGCUUAUGACAUCAGAUAACUACAACGGGCUGAAUUACGGAGGCGUAGAUGGAGCCCUCAGAACGGUCAACAUGCAGAAGCUGAAGCCUGAGGGAUUGAAAUACCUGGACGCCAUGCAGCCACAGAGCCCCAAGCUGGUGAUGGAGUACUGGGCUGGGUGGUUCGACACCUGGGGCGACCUACACCACGUCUUUGCAGCAGAGGACAUGGUUGCCGUGGUGAGGAAGAUCUUGAAGCAGGGCAUGUCCGUUAACCUCUACAUGUUCCACGGAGGGACAAACUUCGGCCUGACGACUGGAGCGCUCGCCAAGCCCUCAUACAAGCCUUUGAUCACCAGCUACGAUUACGAUGCCCCGUUAACCGAAGCUGGGGAUUACACCCCAAAAUAUCAUCUCCUGAGGGACUUAUUCGGCCGCUAUCGCACGGAGAAGCUUCCAGAAAUGCCCCCUCUUCGCUGGAAGGAAGAUUACGAGCCAGCGAUCAUGUACCAGCAUCUCUCUCUGUGGGACGCCCUGAAGUUCGCUGACGGGCCUUUCAAAUCGGUGGUCCCAGUCAAUAUGGAGAACCUUCCAGUGAACAACGGCAAUGGGCAGUCUGCAGGAUACGUUCUGUACGAGACCCCCGUCAGCAGCGGAGGCCAUUUACGCUCGAGAAACAACGUGCGCGACAGAGCCCUGGUGUUUGUUGACAAACGUUUCAUUGGAAUUUUGAAAUACAAGAAUCUGGAACUUGCAGUGCCUGAUGGGAAGGGCGAGCGGACACUGAGUUUUCUUGUGGAGAACUGCGGUCGAGUGCACUAUGGGAAAUCUUUAGACAAUCAGCGUAAAGGUCUGCUGGGUGAUGUUGUGUUGAACAAUAUCCCACUGAGAGACUUUACAAUUUACAGCCUGGAAAUGAAACCCAGCUUCAUUGAACGUCUGAGUUCAGCUCUGUGGAAGUAUCCCCCGACCACACCCACCUUCCCAGCGUUCUUCCAGGGACGAAUGUUUGUGGACGGCUAUCCCAGCGACACCUUCGCCAAGCUGCCGGGCUGGAGUAAAGGAGUGGUGUUUAUAAACGGGGAGAAUCUCGGACGGUACUGGUCGAUCGGACCCCAGCAAGCUCUCUACGUCCCGGGGCCUUGGAUCAACAGUGGAAUAAACCAGGUCAUUGUCUUUGAGGAACAGGAAGCAGACGGCAAAGUCCAUUUCGAGCAGUCUCCUGACCUGGGCAUGACCGUCGACGUUUAGCGGAGAAUAUUUUAGACAGACUUUUGUCAGCAUAUUUAAUGAUUUUUUUGCAGACUUCGCCUGUGUGGGCGGAAGUGUGCUUGGUUCUGGGAAGAGAGCCCAUCCUUUUCAUUUGUACAUAAUAGGCUGCCCCCUCAGCUUUCUGGAGCCAGUUUUGAGAUGUGUCUGGCGUUGGCACAUGACGGACUGACUGAUACAAGGUCUAAAGAAGCCUCAUAUCCACACAGCUGGGAGGUUGGGCAUUUAUUUGUUCAUUUUAUUGUGUAAUAAGCUGAAGGAUUGAAAAAAGGAACUUACUAAAAUGACUCAAUAAAUGGCAUUUAUAAACACAGGUACUAACAGCCUCGUGUAUAUCAGUCAAAUGCCAAAAACUGCCA